AGAAGCUAGAAGAGUUUGAUUAGAUUAAAAGUUAAUAUAAGGCAUUUAAUGGACAGAUGCUAAAAGAAGAAAGGCAUGACUGCAACACAGAGGGUUUGUGUUCAGCAGCAAAAAAUGAAGAUGAAGCUGAAAUUGGUGAGAAUCAGCACCUAGACCCAGAAAAAGUUUAAACCAAACUUACUGUUUUGUUUCCAGUUCAUCUCUCAUCACAGAAUUAUUUCCAAACAGAAGAAAAACAGCAACCUAAAGUUUUACAGGAUUAAAAUUCUUUUUUUUUUCAUGACGUUAAUUUUGGCUGUCACUUCCUCCUUCUGGGCAAACAGCGCCCUCAGCAGGCGAGCGGCCGUACUGCAGCAGCUCCUCCAGCAGCCUUCUCCGUCCCCAUAGAGACAGGCUCCCACAACAGCACCGCUCGACCCGUCAGGGCUGCUGACAGCCUCGGCGCGAGCCUGAAGGCCUGCACUCACCACCGUUUUCCUCGAAAACCAGCUCCCGGAUGGUUGCCAGUCAGAUGUUUCAUUAUUGGAUUAGCGACCAUCAGCCGCCGCUUUAUCCUGACACGCCAGAGAUUUGCGUCUGUGGGCGGGGAGGAGUCUGUUAUUCCACCGUUAGCUGCAGCCGGGCCGACAUGUCGGCGUUUUAAGGGAACAGCCGUCAAAGCUGCCGCGAAGAGGACCCCGAUGUGCUCGUAGAGGAUGGAUGUGAGUGCUGGAAGAGACAGCACCAGGAGGAGAGGCGCAGCAGCCAGUCAUGAUGAUGGUGGAGGUGAUGGAGGAGCCAUGGAGGCUCAGAUUGUACAGCUGGACCUUUAUGACUCUGCAAGGGCAAAAAUCGAAGCAAACCUCCGCUGGCUCUUUGGAAAAGCCUAUGGCACAGAUCACAUCCCAGCAGAAUUACGAGACCCGUUCUACACCGACCAGUACGAGCAGGAGCACAUCAAGCCCCCCAUCAUCCGCCUGCUGCUGUCCGGAGAGCUGUACUGCCGGGUGUGUGGACACAUCCUUCCCUCUGAGCAGGCCGCCGCCCUCCGAAGCCACCAGGCUGUCCUCCAAACCCUGUCCAAGAGAGGCAUCCACGUCCUGGAGACCAACGACACACCCGUGUCGGAUCUGGAUCUCAGCUCCUCUCCCAUUAAAAUGAGUGCCCACAUCCACCUCAUCGAUGCCCUCAUGACAGCCUAUACAGUGGAGAUGUUCAGCAUAGAGAAGGCGGUGGCCAGCGUCCGGCGCUUCACCAACUUCAGUGCCUCCAAGGAGCUUCCCUAUAGCUUGGAAGACGCGAUGGUUUUUUGGAUUAACAAGGUAAACCUGAAGAUGAGGGAGCUUGCAGAAAAGGAGUGUAAAAUGAAGCAGCACCUGCUGGAGUCGCCCAGCCACCAAAAGCCCGACCUAUUGCAUGCCCUUGCCCAUUGCAUGUUGGAGCCUGUGGAGUUUUCUCGUGUGGUGCGUUACCGCAGAGAUCACCUGUCAGGCCGCACACUUCAGCAUUUCCCGGUUUUGGAAGACCUGCUGAAGGAUGUGUGUGACGGCACGGCUCUGCUAACUGUGAUCCAUUUCUAUUGCCCGGAGGUUGUUAGGCUGGAAGAUAUUUGCCUGAAGGAGGUUCCUUCCAUAGCAGACAGCGUCUACAACAUCCAGCUACUGACAGAGUUUUCUAAUGAGUACUUGAACAAAUGCUUCUAUAUGUCGCCCGAGGACCUGCUGUACUCUCCACCAGUGUUAAAGAAUAAUUUAAUGGUCUUCAUUGCUGAACUUUUCUGGUGGUUUGAAAGCGUCAAACCAGAUUUUGUGCAGCCCAGAGACCUUCAGGAAAUCAAAGAUGUGAGACUGCUGCUUCAACCCAAAGGUUCUCGUUCUUUUGUUCCCGUCUCCAAUGCCACAAAACGGCGGUUUCUGCCUUCAUCAAACUCUGCUGAUGCUUUGAGUCUGGACCUCAGCACCAAACAGAACUCAUUAAGUCCGUCUCACUCACUGCCUCCCCUGAGACAAGGACAACAGAAAACAGUUGAAGAGGCCGUUUCAGAGCUGAGAAAUAGACCAAACCCUGUGACACAGACAGAUGGACAACACCAGGGCUCCAUACUGGCUUGGCCAGAGAGGAGAGCGAGACCUUUAUCCUCCGCCUUGAGUUUUUCUGCACAGAAAGAUGCAGAGAGUAUCCUCAUCGCUCGCUCCAUCAGCAAAGACAGCUUAGCCUCCAACAUCAUUCCCCCCAAACACAUGCUGCCAUCAGGCCUGCAAAGAGUCGGGGCUCAGAACCUGCUCUGUCACGUCCGGAUAGAGGAUGAGGAGGAGGAAACGGAGGAGGAAGAGCUGGUUUCUGUGAUACACCCCUCUGUGUUUGCUCGACAUCGAAACAGAGGCGACAUGGAGCCGGAUGACAUAGAAGUGCAGAGGAAAAGCUCCUCCACUCCACGUCAAUAUGCAGCUCCCUUCGUUCUCGAUCAGCAGGAGGACAGUUACUAUCUGGAGCCUUUGAUGCCAGCCGUCCCCAAACCAGCCAAAGAGAAGAGCAUCCGUCUGAACAAGCAGGAGGAAAGUGGGGAGAUGCUCUGUCGAUCUGCAAAUGUCCCAAACGCUUCACAGGGAAAACCCUUUCUUUCUAAGUCCAGCAGAAGCUCCUGCUACCCCACGUCUGGAGAUUCAACUCCCAACUCCUUCAGGCCACACACAGAAGGAGCAGCAGGAGGUGCUGAGACGGAGAAAAAAGGCUUUUUCCUUCACUUUUCAGGGGAGCAAGACCCUCACAGUCCGCUCUCCUCUGGUAUGGAAUCAAGGCAAGACUCUGACUCCGACGUGGCAGAUCUCGAGGAAGACGAAGAAGACGAGGAUCCGAUCAAAGAGAUGGAGAUUCCAGGAGGUGAGAAGUGCUUAGAAGUCCGGCGCUCGACCGAAUGCGGAGACGGAGAGUCGGCCAAACUCAGGGAGGACCUGAAGGUGAGCGAACGGGACGACAAGGAGGACGUGAGCGGACGCAGCAGCCCGUGCCUCAGCACCGUGUCCUGUGCGAGCAGCUGCAGCGCCUCAGGCAGCGUCAGGAUGACCAGCUUCGCUGAGAAGAAGCUGCUGAAGCUCGGCCUGCGGGACGGAUACUCCAGCACCAGCAGCUCUCAGAAGACCACGCCGGACGGCUCGGAGACGGCUCCCGCCUGGCAAGGGAAGGAGCCGAGCCCGGUGCUGGGAAAGAGCAUGAUGCUCAGCCCUCAUGUUGUGCCUUCAGAGCUGCUUCAACUCCACAUGCAGCUGGAGGAGCAGCGGCGCGCCAUCGAGUAUCAGAAGAAGAAGAUGGAGACUUUCUCAGCUCGGCAGAGACUUAAGCUCGGCAAGGCGGCUUUCUUGAACAUUGUGAAGAAGGGUGGAGGGAGGAGUGACACACUUCCUUUACCCCUGAAACACUCCCAGGCUUCACCUGGACAGGGAGCAGCAGACAGGAGGACAGUGAAGACCGUCUCCUGCAAGGACGAUUCCUGUCUGGAUGCUCUGAAAGGUCAAACAGAAGGAGCAUCAGGAGACAACAGGCUCCAAGAUAACAGCUCUGAGCCGGACCUGAAUGAGUGCUCCCGCUCCAUAGAUCUUCUCAACGAAGCCAUCAGUUCUAUUCAGCAGCAGAUGAUGCAGCUGACUCUACAGCAGGACCUUCUCAUGAAGCAGAGCGUCGUCUCUCCUCCUGAGCAUGUGCAGUCGGAGCCCCGCACAGCCCCCAACGUCAUCCCAGAGCCCUCGACCUCCGACUCCAAAUCAUUCGCCGUUCACUUUGUAGAUAUCGGCGGUAGCAGCUCGACUCCGGCCCGUCGUCCUCCCAGGCUCUCCUCCAGCCAGCGCAGGAGACCGUCAGAGCAGAAAGAAACGCUGUCUGUUGAUUCCAGCAGCCCGUCUUUGGACCGCACGCCUUCUGUGAGAGAAUGCCCCGACGAGGAGCAGAGGGCGCUUUUGGAGAGCUCAAAGAUGGAGAGAAGCAUUCAGAGAAAUGUCACCUUCAGGGUCGGCGAGAAAAGAGGACCCAAACCCAAACCGCAGGAGCCGCUGGUCAUUUCCAAAACAUCUGCCCAACGAGAAGAGAAACCCCCUGCUGAUCCAGGAAACGAGAACGUCAGUGGAGAUGAAAGCUCCAGGAACAAGGCGCUUCUGAUUGAGGUGGACUUGUCGGAGCUGAAGGAUCCACAAGAGGAAGACGUUCCAGAGUCCACAGUUGAAGGAGAACAAAAAAACGUGCUGGGCUUCUUCUUCAAGGAUGACGAGAAGGCAGAAGACGAGAUGGCGAAGCGGCGUGCUGCCUUCCUGCUCAAACAGCAGCGCAAAGCCGAAGAGGCGAGACUUCGCAAGCAGCAGCAGGAGUCCGAGGCAGAGCUCAAACGGGACGAAGCUCGGCGUAAAGCCGAGGAGGAGCGAAUCCGUAAAGAGGAGGAGAAGGCGCGACGGGAGCUCAUUAAGCAGGAAUACCUGCGGAGGAAGCAGCAAGCCUUACUGGAGGAGCAGGGUCUGGCCAAGCCUCACGUGAGGACCAAAUCCCGCAGGAACAGGCCCAAGUCGCUGCACCGCGAAGAGCCCUGCGGCUUCUCCAAAGGAUCCACCACACCUGAUCUCAGUCUCAGUCACAGAGGGUCGACGCUGUCUCUGGCGACUGAAACCGACAGCGUCCACUCCGGAGAGGCGGAGACAAACCGGGCUGAAUCUGUGUGCUCCAUGGAGUCCUUCCCCAUGCUGAGCAGGGCGUCCAGCAGGAACAUGGAGAGAGACUGGGAGAACGGCUCCAUAGCAUCCUCCAUCACCUCAUCCGAGUACAACGGUCCUAAACUUUUUAAAGAACCAAGCUCCAAAUCCAACAAGCCGAUCAUCAUCAACGCCAUCGCUCACUGCUGCCUGGCUGGAAAGGUCAACGAGGUCCAGAAAAACGUUGUUCUUGAGGAGUUGGAAAAGUGUGAAUGCAACCAUCUGAUCAUCCUCUUCCGCGACGGCGGGUGCCAGUUCCGCGCCAUUUACACCUACUCCCCCGAGACGGAGGAGAUCGCCAAAUUCUCGGGGACGGGACCGCGCAGCAUCCACCGCAAGAUGAUCGACAAGCUCUACAAGUACAGCUCCGACCGCAAGCAGUUCACCAUCAUCCCCGCCAAGAGCGUGUCCGCCAGCGUGGACGCACUCACCAUCCACAACCACCUGUGGCAGAUCAAGAGACCGGGGAGCGCGCGCAGGAAGUGAGCCAAAACAAGGAAGUGGGGAGCUGCUCCCAACACCCCGUUUUGGUUUUUUCACAGCUUUUUACUCCGCAUGUCACACCUUAGUACUGUUUUAUACAUGUAUCCAGCAUCACCUGAAGCACUAAUGAAGAUCUAUGUAGCAGUAAAUACUGCAAAUAUACAACUGAUGUCACAAAACAUGAACAAAGUGAGCAAGAAAAGAUCAACCCACAAACCGCUUUUACUUUGAAACUAGUUUUUUUUUUUUUAACUAAACUGGAUUUAAGUUUGUUGAAGUAUUAUUUCUCUAUCUUGGAGAAAUGUCAUGCUCUGUGGCCUGAAUGUGUUCCUCUCCUGACAGUGCUUUAAAGCUCAAAUAUUAAGCUUUUUAUUCUCCAUCUGCUCCUACAGUGUUUUAGCAUCCUUCCCCAAACCUGGACUUUUUUGUACCGUAAUGCACCACGUAUCAUAAACUGAACCGAGCUGCGGCACAAAGCAGGACGACGUGAGCUUUCACAGCAGCCCCUGCUGACUUUCUGCUGAGGUGUUGUUUUUGGGAAAACACCACGAUACUUGACAUUUAUUUGCUGCAUUUUGUACAUUUUUUUGGGGUAGAAUUUUUUGUAUUUAAUGUACGAGUUAUUUUUUACUAAAAAGAAAAACACAAAACAGGCACUACUUUGCUGGUUAUUCUGUUAUGGAGAUUUUAUGUUCUGUAUCACAGUGAUAUUUUAUGUUUAUUUAUUUUAAUAGUUAUAAUAAAAGCAACAAUGUGCAUUUUAUUGUUA